AUGCAGCUUCAUUUUCUGUAUUUUUCUAUCUUUAUAUUCUGUUUCUGCUUUCCCUUUCUCACCACCCAACUCAACAGAUUUUGUUAUAUAAACAUGUGUACAUUUCUACAAUCUACCUACAUGAAUUCAAAGGUGAAUUGAUUGAAUAACCAAAAAAAGCAACAUUUUCAAUUGGGGAAAACCAGAAAGUUAAGAAAUUUGAAAGCUGUUAGUUGGGAAGUUAAACUCUCCUUCUUCCCUCAACCAUACUCAUUCAUUCAAAAAAACCCUAAAUUAGGGUUCCAUUUCCACAUUGAUCCCAUUCUCAUUCUCCAUCAAGACUGAAACUUUACUGCACUACACAACCUAAAUCCCCAAAGGGGUUUUACAAUUUGGAUUUGAUGAGGUUUUUGUGACCCUAAACCCAAAUGGGUGUGGUGGGGAAAGCGUGGUUGUUGCACCACACUCACCCUAGCUCAUGGUCGGUGAUUUGCGGGUUGAUGCUGUUCGGAUUGGGUCUCAUUUCACUCUUUACGGGUCAUGUGGCUUCUCAUCUUGAAUGGUACUCUCAUAGAUUCGGCCACCACCGCAGUUUAUACUCUUCACUGGAUGGGAAUGAUCGCGCGCCAAUCGAUAUUUGGAAAUCACAUUACUCUAAAUACUACUAUGGAUGCAAAGAAAGGGGGCGCGAUUAUGCUCCUGCUGUGCGAGAGCACAAGUCAAAUGGAUACUUGCUUAUUGCAACGAGUGGAGGACUGAACCAACAGAGAACUGGGAUAACUGAUGCUGUUGUUGUUGCCCGGAUUCUUAAUGCUACACUAAUUGUACCUGAGUUGGACCAUCAUUCUUUUUGGAAGGAUGACAGUGACUUCGCCAAUAUUUUUGAUAUUAAUUGGUUCAUUACUUAUCUCGCAAGAGAUGUUACUAUUAUUAAAAGAGUUCCAAAUAAAAUCAUGCGGUCAAUGGAGAAACCCCCAUAUACGAUGCGUGUCCCAAGGAAAUCAGACCCUGAAUAUUAUCUUGAUCAAGUUUUGCCAAUACUCUUGAGACGACGGGUUUUGCAGUUGACAAAGUUUGACUAUAGACUUGCCAAUGACCUUGAUGACGAGCUACAAAAAUUACGAUGCCGAGUUAAUUAUCAUGCUUUGAGAUUUACAAAACCCAUACGAGAACUUGGUCAAAGACUUGUAAUGAGAAUGCGAAAGAUGGAAAACCGUUUUAUAGCAAUCCAUUUGAGGUUUGAGCCCGAUAUGCUGGCAUUUUCAGGUUGUUAUUUUGGUGGGGGUGAUAAAGAAAGACGUGAGCUUGGAGAAAUCAGAAAAAGGUGGACAACACUGCCUGAUUUGAGCCCUGAUGGAGAACGAAAGCGUGGGAAAUGUCCUCUUACUCCUCAUGAAGUGGGUUUGAUGCUGCGAGCGCUUGGUUUUACAAAUGACACAUACCUUUAUGUUGCAUCAGGAGAAAUAUAUGGUGGGAAUGAGACCAUGCAGCCUCUCAAAGAUCUUUUCCCCAACAUCUACACAAAGGAGAUGCUUGCUGAGGAAGAGCUGAAACCUUUUCUUUCAUUCUCCUCCCGCCUGGCUGCUAUCGAUUACAUUGUUUGUGAUGAAAGUAACGUAUUUGUCACUAACAACAAUGGCAACAUGGCCAGAAUUCUUGCUGGUCGAAGGAGGUAUAUGGGUCACAAAAGAACCAUUAGACCAAAUGCAAAGAAGCUUAGCGCGCUGUUCAUGGCAAGGCAUGAGAUGGAGUGGGAUACCUUUGCCAAAAAGGUUAAGGAAUGCCAAAGAGAAUUCAUGGGAGAGCCAGGUGAGAUAAAACCUGGACGAUUAGAGUUUCAUGAAUAUCCAAGCACUUGUCUCUGUGAGAAACCAUUUAUAGAUGAAGUGAGUGAAGAUGGAUACCGUCCCCCUAAACUAGCAGCACCCAAAAACCUGACAAUGAAGGUAGAAGACUAUGAAAUGAAUGGUGACCAUGAAGAAAGUGCUGUACUACCAAAACCAGGUAGGAGAAGGAUUCAGCACAUGAUGAAAGAUGAGUAACUUUGGACCAGUGUGGUUAAUGGGAGGAAGAAAUAAAACAAUUGUCCGGAGAACUUUUUAAUAGCACCACUGUCAAUUGAAAUGCUCAACACUGCAAUUUUCACAUCUCAUUUGGCAGUGCUAAUUUUGCCAUGAUGAAAAUCAUGUUCGUUCACAGUGAAUUGCUCAGUUUAGAUCCAUGUAUAGGGUACAACGUGAAGGACAUCCAUGCGUUGCAAAUGUUCAUAGAUAUGUUUUGUUUAUAUUCGUUUGAAUUCUUACAUAGGCAAUUUGUUUUUUGAGUUCUGAUUCUUGUACCACUAAUAGACCCAAUUUAUUUUUAUGUGGGUAAAGUGCCGAGUCACCAAAAGUAAGGUAAACAAAGAGAAACUCACAGUGCAAUGCAAA